AUGAACAUGGAGAACAAAGCUUUACUUUCAGAGACACAGUUACUAAAAGAUACAUUAGAUCUUUUAUGGAAUAGGACAUUAGACCAAAGAAAAGUGUGUGAACAGUUACGACAGGAGAAUGAAUAUUUGGAAGAUUAUAUCGAUAAUAUGAUGUCCUCAAGCAAUGUUCUGGAAAAAUGA